UGGGGUGGUUCAAUGGUUUCUGUUUUUUUUUUUUUAAUUUUUUAAUAUUGUUUUGGUUUUUUUUUUUAUUUUUUAAAAAAUGGAGCAAUCAGAAAGUGGCACGUGGUAAAUGGUGGGGUCCACUAACGGUCAACUAAUGGUUGUCAGUCAAUAAUGGCACUCGGUGAAUUUUGUUAAAACUCGGUGGCAUUUGGUGAAUUUUAAAAAGUCGAAUGUCAUUUGGUGAAUUUCGCAAUUAGUACAUUUCAUGAAAUAGCCGUAAUUAAUACAUAAAUUAUCAGUUAGUUGUUUUCAAAAAAAAUAAAAAUUGGCAGUUAUUACCAUCUCCUUCCUUCCCUCCCAUCAUUCAACAACACUUACUUCUUCUUCCUUUGAUUGUCGCUUUCCCUCUUCUCUCAAACAUUCUCGCUGAUUCUGGUUGCUCUUUUGAUUACGAUUUCUAUGAUAAUUUUGAGUACCCAAUUGCCCAUGGGAAUUCUUUGAUCUGGUGUUAAGGACAUUUUUCGCCUCAAGGUUAGCUUAUCCUUUUUUGUAGUGAUGAGCUUCAAGUUUCCUGAUCAAAUUCCCAGAAAGAAUAGUGAGAUGGAGCAAACAUUGAAGCCACCACUAAUAGUUACAGAGUCGCCUAAGAAUUGGCCUUCAAUUGAUUUUAACUUCUUUGGAUGGUCUCUUCUUUCGAUCAUCCCUUGGGCUGUCAAUCUUAGAGAUAAAUUGCCUAUGCCAACUACUAUUAAUAAAGGGUUGAAAAGACGAGCAAGAUCUAGAGCUGGUGAUAUGUCAACUGCUUCUCAAUCCCCUCAAUUACGGUUUAGGCCUUAUGUGUCUAAGGUUCCUUGGCAUACUGGACCUCGGGCUUUCUUAUCUCAGUUCUUUCCAAGAUAUGGUCAUUACUGUGGGCCAAAUUGGUCGAGUGGGAAGGACGGAGGCUCCCAUGUUUGGGACAAGCGCCCUAUAGAUUGGUUGGAUUAUUGUUGUUAUUGUCAUGAUAUAGGCUAUGACACUCAUGACCAAGCAAAGCUGCUGGAAGCUGAUCUAGCUUUUCUGGAGUGUUUAGAGAAGACUCAAGUGCACACUAAGGGGAAUAAGCACGUUGCUCAUGUUUAUAGAACAAUGUGCACACAAGGUCUCAGGAACAUACUCAUUCCUUACAGAACAUAUCUUGUGAAGCUUGGAUCAGGACAACCUUUGCUUCAAUUUGGAUGGCUGAGCAAUAUAAGGUGGAAAGGAUGGAGUUGGCGGACAAAUAUGAAGAUGGAAUGAACAAUCAUACAUCAAAUUUCGUAGUUAAGUUUGUUUAUAAUUGUGGUGUUGUCCAUUACGUUCUGUACAUACUAAAGCAUUGCAAACUUUUGUUUUGGUCUGUUGAACUGUUUGAGAGGUCUCAGCCUAGAGUCACUAGAUUAUGGUAGUUAUCUGCAUCUGAAGGUGGAUGUUGCAUCGUUUGUUGUAGGCUUGUAGCUAAUCGAGGAAAUGAUUUCCCGUACUGUAAAUACACUAUCAUUAUUUUCAUAUAUACUACGGAGUAAUAUAAUUUCAAGUUCAUUGGUA